GAGGAAAUCUGAAUAUGGACUGAAUAUUUAGAUGAUCCUAUGGAAUUAUUGUUAACUCUCUGAAGUGUGAUAAUUGGUAUCAUGGUUAUGCAGGAGAAGAUUCUUUGAAGUAUUUAGGGAGGAAGUAUCAUGAUGUCUGCAACUUUGAAAUGGUUCAGAAAAAAAUAUAGAUAGAUGAAACAAAUAUGGCAAAUGUUAACGAUCAUUUAGUGUGUUAGAUAUAUGGGUGUUCAAUAUUCAUGAUAAAAAGUUAAGGGAAAAAUACAAGGAUAAUAAUUCAUGUGCCUUAAUUGCUAGUUCAUAUUUUUAAUACGUCAAAUUUCAGCCAGUAUUUCUUGAAUUCUAGCAGCCUGGCAUAAUUUAGUUGUGCUUAAGUAGCAGAUGGGAAAAAAUGAACCAGAUACAGUUUCUAUGCAUAUACUCAUACUAAUACUCAAUUGACAGUGAUAAGUAUAAAAAUAAAUAUAAUAGGAGGCAGCCUGAGAUAGAUACCAGUGUAGAGAUAAAAACCAAGCGUUGGAGGAAUACAGGGGAGAGGAAGCUUUCCUCUCAUUAAGGGUCUCUGAGAAAACUUCACUCGAACUGGUCUAGAAGGAUACCUCAGUUUUUCACUGAGUAGGACUUGGGGGAAAGUACUGAGGUGGGUGCUAUCCAGGUAUGUUCAAAGAAUGGUGAAUAGGAUUAUGUGGUGGGUGUGUCCAGAGGAUGAAGGAUGGUGUUUAGAGGCAGGUAAUACUUGAAGAAGCAGCUUUGGACUGGUUGUGGAGGAUCUUGAAGUCUAUGGUAAAGUGUUUGGAUUUUUCUUUCUUGACAGUGAGGAACCUUUGAGGAUUUUUGUACAAAGGAAUGGCCUGUUCUGCUAUCUCAGGAUGCUGAUGAGACCCGGGGAGAAAGUUUUAAGGAUGAAGUGACAUCUGGGUCCCUGACUGCAGAAUCCCAGGAACUGUUAACCUUCAAAGACAUAUCUGUGGACUUCACCCAGGAGGAGUGGGGGCAGCUGGCCCCUGCUCACCGGAAUCUGUACCGGGAGGUGAUGCUGGAGAACUAUGGGAACCUGGUCUCAGUGGGAUAUCAGCUUUCCAAACCUGGUGUGAUUUCCCAGUUGGAGAAGGGAGAAGAACCAUGGCUGAUGGAGAGAGAGAUUUCAGGAGGUCCAAGUCCAGACUUGGAAGAUGAAACAGAAACCAAAGAGUCAGUCUUAAAGAAUGACAUCUCAUGGGAAGAAUUACACCAUGACCUGAUGAUGGAAAGGUCCACAAGAGGAAGCACCUUGGUUUCCACAUUGGGAAGGGUCUCCAAAUGUCAUAAGUUAGAAAACCACCAGGAGAACCAAGGGAUGGGUGCAGGGCAAAUCCCCUUGAUCCACAAGAAAACACUCACGCAGGAGAGCGGCCAAGAAUCUAACAGAUGUGUGAAAAGUAUUAAUGUGUGCUCAAAAGUUAUUCCAGGACCAAUAGAUCCUCCAAGAAAAAGACACCAUAAAUAUGACAUAUCUAGAAAGAAAAGUAGAUGCAAUUUAGGUUUGAUUAAUCAUUCAAGGAAUUAUACAAGAAUGAAAACCUUUGAAUGUAAUAUUUGUGAGAAAAUCUUCAAACAGCUCAUUCAUCUUACAGAACACAUGAGAAUUCAUACUGGAGAGAAACCUUUCAGAUGUAAAGAAUGUGGAAAAGCCUUUAGCCAAAGUUCAUCCCUUAUUCCACAUCAGAGAAUCCAUACUGGCGAGAAACCCUAUGAGUGUAAAGAAUGCGGGAAAACCUUCAGACAUCCAUCAUCUCUUACUCAACAUGUUAGAAUUCAUACUGGGGAGAAACCCUAUGAAUGUGGUGUAUGUGAGAAAGCAUUCAGCCAGAGCAUUGGGCUGAUCCAGCAUCUGAGAACUCAUGUCAGAGAGAAACCUUUUACAUGCAAAGACUGUGGAAAAGCAUUUUUCCAGAUUAGACACCUCAGGCAACAUGAGAUUAUUCAUACUGGUGUGAAACCCUAUAUUUGUAAUGUAUGCAGUAAAACCUUCAGCCACAGCACAUACCUAACUCAACACCAGAGAACUCAUACUGGGGAAAGACCAUAUAAAUGUAAGGAAUGUGGGAAAGCCUUUAGCCAGAGAAUACAUCUUUCUAUCCAUCAAAGAGUCCAUACUGGAGUGAAACCGUAUGAAUGCAGUCAUUGUGGGAAAGCCUUCAGGCAUGAUUCGUCCUUUGCUAAACAUCAGAGAAUUCAUACUGGAGAAAAACCAUAUGAUUGUAAUGAAUGUGGAAAAGCCUUCAGCUGUAGUUCAUCACUUAUUCGACAUUGCAAAACACAUUUAAGAAAUUCCUUCAGCAAUGAUAUGUGAAAUAUGUUCAACAUCAAAGAAUCCCCAAAUUGGAGCAAAAGCCUCUAAAUCUGUGGUUUUCUGAGUUUUGGAUUCCAAGAACCAAUAAUUUUUUUUAAUGGUUUGACCCAAUGUUACAACUAUUAAUUUUGCCGUAUUAAAAAAAAACUACCUAUUAUACGCAUUGUUUCAGAAAAGAAAGGGCAUUUUAAUAUUUAAAAGUACAGGAAGGAUAUAUUCAUAGAGAACAGCCCUUUACAUUGAAUUAAAUUGGCUUUAUGAAAAUCUCCCAAAUUUGUCUUUAUUUUUCUCAUUUCACUGUGGGCCAGUGAAACCAUCACAACAGGCCAGUGAUCUGUGAUUGGCUUUGAGAGUCACUGUUUUAAAUAUCCCUUUAAUGAAUCAGAAUAAAAUAUAAUAUUUACUAUAGCCCUUUAUAUGGCUAGAAGAGGUAUAAAUAGAAAUGUCAGUUGUCUCAUUUCUAGAAGAAAUAAUGUUAAAGGGAGUUUUCUAGACUUGAUAGAUAAUCUGCUAUACAUGAGAUACUUAUAUUUUAUGGUUUUCUAUAGAGAGGAAUUGGCAAACUUUUUCUAUAAAGGGCCAGAUAGUAAAUAUGUUAGGUGUUGUAGGCCAUAUGGCCUCUGUCAGAACUACUCAACUCUACCAUUUUAGUGCAAAAGCAUCCAGAGACAAUAUAUAAAUCAGGGUAUCUCAAUCUUGGCACUGCUGAUAUUUUGGAGCCAGAUACUUUGUUAUGGGCAGCCAUCCUGUGCAUUGUAGGGUGUUUAGCAGCAUCCCUGGCCACUGGAUGCCAGUAGUCCCCUCAUCCAUUGUGACGACCAAAACUUUCCCCACAUUGCUAGAUGUCCCCUGGAGGGCAAGGUAGUUGCUAGUUGAGAACCACUGACAAAUGAAUGGGUGUAGCUGUGUUCCAAUAAGCUUUAUUUAAAAGACAAGUUUGAGUUGCAUUUAGCCCGAGGGUUGUAGUUUGCCACUCCUGCUACAGAGUAUGUAAAAUGAUUAAUACUGACAAUGGACUGUCAUUUAAUUUCCAAUUUGUAUGUUUGUUUAUAUCAUCUAUGCCAAAAAUCUUAUUUCCUUACCAAUUCCUUUGGUAUUUUGUUGCAAAAAGUUUUUUUUUUUUAUCACAAUUGUAAUGCUGUUGUGGAAGCCUAGGAAUUAUUUAU